AUGUCAGAAAAGUACUAUACCAAAAUAGAGAAGAUCAGGAGGAUAAAGUAUCCUCAUCUGAAUACUUAUGGGAACAGUCCUACCUCACUCGGAGUUCAUCUAACUCAGAAACUCUCUAAGAACACCAGUAGGGAGAAUAAGAUCAAAGUUGAAGACAUCAUCAGAGAAGGUGUUUUGUUUAAGAAAGCUCACCACAUGGAAAAUUAUGUCAAGAAUAGGAUAAAGAAGUUGUCAAACCACCAAUCCUCCUUCCCUUCUGCAGUUCCCUUGACGAACCUGAUUCUUAAAAACUGUAAUAAGAAGUGUAGCUUCAGAAAUACCUCUGCGAUAAGAAAGAAGAAUUUUAGCAAAAAUAAUCUGGUUCCUUUAAGCUCUGACGUGAGCAGAAUUAGACCUAAAUCUACUUAUUCUACCAGGAAUAGACCAAAAUCUUGCACUAGGAAGUUCCAGAGAUCUCAAACUAAAUUCUCUGUUACACGAAGAGCUCUGAGUCGGAAUAAAUUGAACAGGACAGCAUAUCAGGACUUCAAAGCCAAUAAAAUUAAAGCAGGGAAAAGCAUAGAUUGCCAACAAAAGAUCAGCAAAAAGAUAAUGCAGAGAAGUCUGAGAGGGACCAAGAAUAAGAUGUUCCAUAGGGGUCAGGAAGACUCUAUAUCUACCAUUCCUCAAAAGCCACAGAGGAUUGUCCUGACCUUACAGAAUUAUUGCGGAAAAGGCCCUAUGAAAUGUUAUCGAGAAGAUUUCAAGAUCGACUUCAAGCUAAAUAUAGAAGCUAUUAAAGCAAUGAAGCAACGGGAUCAAAGUCAACAGAUUCAUAAAAAUAAAAACUCUACAUUAAUAAGUGAAGAUUUCUCCAUCGAUAGCGAUGUUGAACCUAAAAUUGAGAUUAAGAGCCGAUAUGAGAAAAAGUAA